CGGCAGUCUUGGAUCCGCCAUGUCGACGACUCGUCGUUAACUGCAGACGCCGCUGCAUCUACUGUCCCCCUCUCCGCGAACGAUCGGGAUUCAAGAUAAUCGGUAAAAACUUGUCCCCUAAAUCAGUGUCUGAUGAUAUCACGAUAGGUGUGAAAAAAAUCAGAGAGUUUCUUAAAUAGGGAGAGUGAAAAGAUAACGAGGCAGUGAUACAACAAUCGAUGGCGAGAGAAAAAUAAGUGAGAAAGAGAUUAUGCGUCGUCCGAUACGCCGCUUAACCAUCGCGCAUUAACACAUUAGACUUCAACUUUAUCUCGCCGUACGAUAUCUGGAGAAGAGGAGGUCGAGAGUAAGGAUCGAAGAUCGGGCGGGGAUCGUGUCUCGGCUGCAAACGUUGAAGUGCGAAAAAGGCUGACUGGAGCGACGCGGCGGAGUGAGAGAAGUGAUUAACGAAAAGGCCGAACGCUCGAGUUCAGGGUGCACAUGCUGAAUAGACGGGGAUCGGUGCAUGCGGAGAUACACGCGUCACUAUGAAGCCGUGGAUGAACAAAUCGCUUAGCUUUGGGAUCCUAGGGCUCUUUCUGGUGGCCCUUGGCAAUGCCCUCUGCUUCUUAUGGCCGACGGUUUUCCAUCAGAUACUUCAAAAAGAAUUGGCCCUCUCGCCGACUUCCAGAAGCUUUGAGCUAUGGAAGGACACCAGCAGCCUCCCGCCGAUGUAUAUGAAAAUUUAUCUCUACAACUGGACCAACCCGGAGGAAUUGAACGUAAAAAAAAUGCAUUUCACUCAGAUUGGACCUUAUUACUUCAGAGAAAUAAGGCAAAAGGAUAACAUCACAUUUAAUCACGAAAAUAAAACUGUCAGCUAUGUGCAACGACGAACAUGGUACUUCGAUGAGAAGCUGAGCAAUGGAAGUCUCACCGACGUCGUUACCAAUUUGGACAUCGUCGUUGUGACAGCAGUGCACAAAAUUCGAUACUGGGACCACGAUUGGCAGAAGUCGCUGUCUUUUCUCUUAAGCAGCACCAGUCGACGAUACUAUAUUAGUAAAACAGUCGACGAAUUGCUGUUUAGCGGCUACACCGACAGUCUGGUCACCAUGAGCAAAAUAAUGCCUGUGGAAGACGUUCCGACUUACGAUCGUGUCGGCUGGUUCUAUAUGAGAAAUGGCAGUGAUAUGGACGGACGAUUAAAUAUGGAAACAGGCGAGGAUGACAUCAGCCAGUUGGGUAUCAUAAGAAAGUGGAAUUAUAGAGACACGACGCGAUUCUUCAAGAUCCCUUGUAACACUAUCGAAGGCAGCGCGGGUGAAUUUUGGCCACCCAACAGAGAAAAGACAGACAUUACUUUGUUCAGCGUAGACAUAUGCCGUCCGAUAACCUACGAAUACGAGGGAACGGUUUCUCACUUGGGCGUCGAGGGUUAUCGUUACACCAUCGACAAGAAGACUCUCGGAAAUGACACGAGACGACGUUAUCCUCACGAGCAGGCGAAAUUCUUUGAGCCGACCACGACGACCGAGGACUUUUUCGUAUCCGAGCAUUUGUCCGAGAUGGGAUUCACCACGACCACCGAAAGCGUUCCCGACAACGAUCGCUCGUCCGAGAAGAGUUCGAGCGAGUACUCGGACGACGAUCCGGAUGUCGUUAACACAGGCCAUUGCUACUGCGGUGGCGAGUGCACGCCGUCGGGUUUAAUAAACGUGACCGCGUGCCGUUUCGGCGCGCCGGUCUUCAUCAGUCUACCUCAUUUUUACAAGGCCGAUCCCAUAUUACUCGACCCAAUCGAAGGACUAACGCCCAGCGACAAGGAUCACGGCUUCACCAUCACUCUCGAACCCAUGACGGGAAUUCCUCUAGAAGUAUCAGCUAGAUUUCAAAUUAACGUUCUUAUGCAACCAUCAGAAAUUGUGACGCUCUUGAAUAACGUGCCCAAGGUUUAUGUGCCGAUGUUUUGGUUCGAGCUGAAAGUGCAAGUUACCGAGGAAAUGGCUUCUAAUUUAAGAAAGUUACUAGCACUUCCAAUCGUGAUGCUAAGUGUCGGCAUAACUAUAAUAAUCAUCGGGUUAGGUUUAAUUGGUACCGUAGCGUUCCUGUAUUUCCGAAAGAAACGACAUACACCCGCAACGGAUGCCACGUCGGAAAAGGCAGUGGACGAAUCGUCUGACAAGAAAACGGAAAUGGUGUACAUGGAUAAAACGAAUAGCAAUGAAGACGCCAACGUUAGAGGCGAUCGCCGUUUGUACGCGAAGCUCUACUGAAUGUCUCUGCAGGGAGAACUUGGGAGUCUCUGAAAUAAACGGUAUAGGAAAAUGUGCAACCGUGGAGCAAUUUUGACACACAAAACGAUCGCUAGGACGUUUGCAAAGUAAAUUUUUAUUAUCGUGUCUCGGGCUCCACUACAGCGGUUGGGCUCACCGUCCUAAAAUAUAUACCUUAGCAGAACGUAAGAAACGUGCACACCGACAAAAUGUUUUAUGUGUGCAUAAAUGUAUGCAUGGUCGUAGGCAAAUUCACGUAAAUUUUUUCUGCACACGCAUAUUAAUAUGUACAUAUAUAAUUUACAUGACAAGCUAUUAAA